AGAUCAAGUCAAUUAACAGUUAACCUCAAAACACCGGACUAGUGUCAUGAUAAAAGCUAUUUAUAAUCGACAACUCAACGGAAAGUUUACACCAAAAGAACAUAAACUUAUUGGUGGUCUUGUUGAGGACAAAUUUUUCACCCUCAAGAAAUCAUCUUACACAUCAGUGAAGCUACACGAUAUCCAAACUAAGUCAGUGUUUGCUGUUGCUUUCUCCCAUGACGGAACAUUAGUAGCAUCAACUCAUGCAGACCAUACUAUCAGAGUACUAUUCUACGAGCCGUUUGGUCUGACCCACACGUUGCGGGGUCAUGUCAGAUCUCCAAUAAGCCUGCAGUUCCACCCCAAAAACCGGUACAUCCUAGCUAGUGGGUGUUUGGCAGGUCAGGUCUUCCUUUGGAACUUACAGUCCAUGAUGGGCACCAAAAUGCACCAACUGUGCCCUUUUCUUCAACAACCCACCACUCAUGAGGUUAUGCACUCAGUUGUUCACCUCCCAAUUGGCUCAAUAGCAUUCCACCCUAAUGGGAGACAUUUGGUGGCAAGCAGAUGUAGGCAGCUCACCCUGUGGGACAUUGAAUCUAAACAACCCUCCCAACCAAUCAAUACUGUGUUUACCGAGCACGAGAGUGAGAGAAUCAGAGGAGUGCUGUUUGACCCGUACGGUAGGUACCUAGUCACAGCAAUAAGACGAGUAGUCCCCACUCCGGUGAUCCCGGCUGCAGCUUCCCCAGUUCCCGAGGUCAAGGUGGAAACGUGGACUCCAAAACGCCCUAAAACCGGACGUUACAGCAAGCUUAAUACAGUAAAGAAUGCGCUCAACAAACUUAUAUACGCUGGACAAAAGAGGUCCUUCUCCACUGCCAAUAGUGGUGCUAGCCAAGAUGAUGAGGGCAGCCCUGGUCCCAGCACGAGAUCCUCCUCUGGUGGAGACUCUAGUGCACCACGUGGCAGCAGCACUGCCAGUCCAGCUGCUGGGCGUCACUCUCCCCAGCCCCGUCUAGACUCCACUGAGACAACAACCACCCAGACCGCUUCUCUUAGGAUAGACUCAACUACCACCACUGUACCACUGAGACCGGACUCCGCUGCUGGUCAUCACGGUGCAGCAGCAGCACAGGACCACUCUACUUCCCAGCGCGCUGCGCAUGGUGCAGCACAUAGCGCUACGCACGGCUCUACUCACGAUCAACCCGCUACUCAACGCAAUGCGCACGGCUCCGCGCAAGAUCACCCAAACGGACAACGAGUAGCACGAGGGCACACUCCUGUAGACCUGCCUAGUGGAAACACAGGCAUGUUCAGAGACCCUCGACUUGAACGGACAGAACAAGAUCAGAUGGAGUUACGAUUGCAAAGCAGAUCACUUUGUACUAACUGUCAAGCUGGAGCGUUUAGUAAACACGUCGUACAAGUUUGGGAUUUUGAGGAUGAUGUUCUGCCCGACAUACGGGACGCCGACCACAACAUAAUCACUAACUCAGCUAUAAUGGUAACGAAUGUGAACCUGCAAGUUUCGCCGGACGGUUCGUUCGUGUGUCUUGUAGAGAAAGAAGAUUGCGGAGGUGGAGCUACACUUUAUCUUACAGUUUACAGUCUCUCUCCUGACACUUUCAAACAGUGUCUCAUGAGGACCUGUGUCAAGUACAUCCCCAUGUGCAUCAGCAUCACUCCUUUUAACCAGUACAUUGUCGCAUUCGCACGCCACACUGACGGGCGAGAGAACCACGCAGGGAUGAUAAUAACGUACGAGAUCCCGCGUAAGAAGUUCAGCGACAAACAGCGCAUGACCCGCUCCAUGACCAAACCGCCCUCAUCUACCCCCAAGUUCAACCAGAUCUCAAUCCACGACGAGAUGCCGAUAAACAUCGCGCGAUUCGGACAUUUGCCCUGGCAAGGGACUGUAAUCGGGACGUGCUCUGGGAAACUGUAUUUAAUGAGGGUAGGACCCCGUCAGAUCCAGCUGGACGCGGUAACAGAGCCCGGAGCUAACUCCUCAUAACCCAGGAUACGUGCCCCGCCUGCUGGGGCUAUGUUAGACUUGAAAUAGAGUGUGUCCGCGAGAUGCUGAACAAAUGUGUGUUCAUUUGCGCGCCUCCCCCCCCCCCCUCCCCCAACUGUUUAUUGUAAUGCUUGUAUACUUGUUUUGAUGUUUUCUCUCUUUCUCUCUCUCUCUAGGGUGUUUAUAACAGUGGUUUAUAUUUAGGGAAUUUUCUGCUGGCUGUCAGAGGAAUUGUGGCAAAAUGUGUGUGUGUGUGUGUGUGUGUCAGGAAUAUUUAAUAAAUUCGAUUAUAAACCUGUUUAUAAACCUGAUGGUUACGAACACCCCUUGAGUUGGUUUAACUGUGACCUUCUGUUUUUGUUCAGUUGUUGCCUGCCUUGUCAUUAUAUAUAUAUGAGACACUUACAUUUUAACGAGUGUGAUGAA